ACAAGAUUUCAAGAGGGGUCGAAUCAAAGUGGAGAGCCCUAAUGUUAUUUCUUACGUUCCAAGAGCUCAAGCAAUUUCCGACUGGAUGUUAAGGAAGAAAUCCGACGCUAUCGACCUUGCAGGGACCACCUACCGGACGGAUUUCAAACCAUGGUUGACAAAAGCCGAGAUUCGAGAUUGGAGACAGUUGAUCGAUCAGAGUACCUUCUGGGUCGUAGCUGUGGGAAUACCUCUGGAUGAAAUGCCAUUCAUCCACGUGCACGUGGAGAAAGUGGUCGGCAAGAUUGUGAAGCAACAUGAACCAGAGGGUGAUGACACGGAUCCGAAGCUGGUGAAGUUGCGUUUCGAUAUCGAUCCGGCCUACAAGACAAAUAUGAAGGACAAGAUUAUGGUGCAAACCUUACAAGGAGAUGUGCUGGAGAUAAGACUCGCGAGUGCCGAUUCGGAAUGGUCCAAGCGAUGUCGCACCUUUUUCCACACCGAGUCCACCUGCCGACGUGCAGGGAGGAGGCCGGAUCAAGGCACUUCGAGUUCCAAUCAAGUUCAAUCGACGGCCAGGCGGAACCAACAACAUCAAGGGUACAAUGGGCCGUUGGCGGCCCCAGAAGCGUCAGCCUAAUAGGCAGGCUCAGCUACACCAGCGAAUGCUUCGAAAGAUAUGGUAGUAAGGAUGGACCCCGCUUUCUCUCCGGGAGUUAAUGCGGGCAUCCCGCGA